GUGUGUAUGUGUGUUGAGUGUGUAGUAUGUGUGGAGAACCCGUGUGAUCAGCUGUGACCGUGGGAAACGGACCCACCGUGCCCAUCCAAACCUGCAAAAAUCCGUCUUCGGACCGAAAACCCUCUGUAGAAUCCACACUGUUCCACAACAUGGAGUUUCGGGAUAGUUGUCUUCACGUAUCGCUGAAAGGUUCGUCGGAAGCCGUGAGCUAGUGGAAAGUAAACACCUCCUCUCCAUCACCAUUUACUUAGAGUGUUUGUACAAGUUUGCCACAUUAUUUUGGAACUCGCACUGUAACGCAUCAGCGCGCGUCCGUGUGCCUGCGGGGGAUCGGGGACGCGCAUGGAUCGAGAGCGCGGAAUGUCCCGGACUGAAUCCCUUCAGAAAUCAAUCCAAGAGAGCUUGGCUAAAUUAAAACUUUUUUGCUAAAUUAAUUAUAUUAUUAUUUUUUUAUUGUUAUUAUUAUUAUCAUCGUCCCCUUAGUGUGGGUCCGGUCAGAUGAUUGUGCAUAAAUAAAUGAUUAUCGCAGUGAGUUUGUGAUGAGGGUCGGACUGCAUCGCGCGGGGGAGGACUCUCCGGUGGAAUUAUUGCGCAGUUUUUAAAAUAACGGGAAAACGGGAACACAAACACACACUCAUGGCACAGAGUAUGUCAGCGAAAGAUAACGCCUGCCGAAAAUUUCAGGCCAAUAUUUUCAACAAGAGUAAAUGCCAGAACUGCUUCAAGGCUCGAGACGCGCACCUGCUGAGUGAUGAAGACUUAUCACAGGCCAAACCCAUCUACGGUGGAUGGCUGCUCCUGGCACCUGAAGGAACAAACUUUGACAAUCCUCUGCACAGAUCACGGAAAUGGCAGAGACGCUUUUUCCUCCUGUAUGAACACGGACUCCUGCGUUACGCGCUGGAUGACCUGGCCAGCACUCUUCCACAGGGCACCAUAAACCUGAAUCAGUGUGUGGAUGUUGUGGACGGUGAGAGCCGGACGGGUCAGAAACACUCACUGUGCAUCUGCACACCAGAGAAAGACCAUUACAUACGUGCUGAGAGCAAAGAGAUCAUACAUGGGUGGCAGGAGGCGCUGAUGGUGUUCCCACGAACCAACAAACAAAACCAGAAGAAGAAACGGAAAGUGGAAACGCCAACUCCACAGACCGCUGCUCUUCAUACAGGUCGAUGUUCCCAGCAGAACAUAAAUGGGUUUAUUGAACCAGGCCCUGCGAAGGUGACGGUCACCAGUACCAGCAGCAGCAGCAGUUUGGUGUGUCUUCCCAGCACUAUAGCUCACGCUGAGCGAGUGCCGCCCACCCGGGCCACCCUGUGGCAGGAGGGAACAUGGAGUCGGGCCACUUUACCAACAAGCAGCAGCACCGGGAGCCUGAGUCAACUGGAUUCGGAAAACUUGAGUGCUAGUCGUAAGCCACGGGUGGAGAGCGGAUAUUUUUCGCUGGAAAAACCCAAAAAUGAAGAAGAUGAAGGACAACAGCAUCAAUGCCAGCAGGAGCGAGAGCCACUACCGCAACAACAGCCGCCUCUGCUCUCUUCCUCCUCCACACCACCCUCCUCUUCCUCACGCUCCAGGUAUCUCUCAUUUGAUCCUGAGCUCUUCAGCUCUCCAGUCAGCUCACACACGUCACACAACCCACACACUGCUACUAACACACAGAUUCCCUGUGAUGUGCGCAUUACAUAUAACGCCCGCACUCACCAACACAACACACAAAGACUUAGCAAAUCAGAGGAGCAUCUUUCAGUGGACGCCCCAUCACUGGAGUUCCCAUCCUCGACGGAUGCCAAUCUCUGUCCCCUUCCCAGCCCGGACACGCUCUCCAGUCCAAACUCACACACAUGCCACGCAAACAUCCUCCCGUCAUCCCUGUCCUCUUCUCAGAGCUCUUUGGACUCAGAGCAGAGUCCUGAGAGCCGUGUGGGCAGGGCGGGUCGAGGCGGGCAGGGUUACGCCACCCUGGCAGACGUGCCGCGGGCACGGAGACUAAGUCAUCGGGAAGCGUACCGACCCACUCAGAAACGGCAGGAGCUGCGAGCACGCGCAAGGAGCCCGGGCCGGGAGGAAGUGGAACGACUGUUCGGACGUGAACGAAGCAGACGUUCACAGGUCAUUGAGACAUAUGAGUGUCAUGACGCUGUCAGCACUCCAGAACAAAUGGACACAACGAAUUCUUUAACAGACCCCGCCCCUUCUUACUCUAAAACAGCCAAUCAGAGAGCAGGACGCAAUGAGAAACGGCUCUCCAACCAGAAACAGGAUUUCUCACUGGAUUCGGCUAAAGGCCGGACGGAUGAGGAUUAUUCACUAGCUGGUUACCGAAGGGCCAAAAGUCUGGAUCGCAGAACCACAGAGACACUCAUGACUCCGGACCUGCUGAACUUUAAGAAAGGAUGGAUGACCAAACUGUACGAAGAUGGAUUGUGGAAGAAACACUGGUUUGUUCUGACCGAUCAGAGCCUGAGGUUCUACCGUGACUCCAUCGCUGAGGAGGCUGCUGAUCUGGACGGAGAGAUCGAUCUGUCCACAUGCUACGAUGUGACCGAAUUCCCAGUUCAGAGGAACUAUGGCUUCCAAAUCCUCAGUAAAGAAGGGGCAUUCACACUGUCUGCCAUGACCUCUGGGAUACGUAGAAACUGGAUCCAGGCCAUUCUGAAGAACAUGCGGCCCACCGUCGCUCCUGAUGUCACACGGAAAAAUGUGUCUCUGAAACUUUCAGUUCUUAUGCCCAGUUCCCUUCCAGAAGAGCGAACCAGAUCAAAUGUGGAGCAAAACUUCAUCCAACCCCCUCCUAACUCUUCGCAACUCUCGAACAGCUCUGUAGUUGAAGCUAAAAAGUCACACGAGGUCAUAACAGACUCUGCGCCUCCUCCCGAGCAAAAGAGUCGAGUCAACAAGCGAGAGGGACGCUCUAAAACAUUUGACUGGUCCGAGUUCCGCCCAGGACAAGAAAACGAGAACGGACAACCCACAAUGAAGAGGGCAGACACUUCAGUCACUAUCUCAUCUUCACCCUCCUCCACCUCCUCUACUGCCUCCUCUCCCAUCUCUAGCACCUCCUCUCAUCAGACGUCGUCCUCCAUUACUACCACCAGCCAUACUGACAAGUUGCUACAGCGAGAUGAAGAAGUGGUGCAGGAAUAUAUGCACCACCAUCAGACCACACCGACAGCAGGUGCAGUCAAUGCGUCAGAGCUCUCGUCAAAGCUUCCCCAUAAAGUGCCACAGGAACAAGGAAAAAUGGAUGUGGACCAACUCAGGGACAUGCAGGAGGUUGAUGGUCACCGAGUGGCCCGCAGAAACUCUAAUGUCCAGGUGGAAAUUGAGCAGAGGUGGCAGCAGGUUGAAACAACGCCCCUCAGAGAGGAAAAGCAGGUACCGAUCGCUGGCAGCUCCCCUAACACCUCAAAUACACAUGUUGGAGAAAGAGUCAUUCCACAAGAGAUGACCACCGUACUGGAAAAGGAGUUAGGUCAGGCACAAAGGGAGCUAGCUAGACUCCAGCAGCAGAACAGUGUCUUACAGGAGCAACUUCAGGAUGCGCGUGGGAGAGAGCAGAACGCCCGGGAAGGAUAUGUACUCCAGAGUGACACAACCACUGCAAAGCCUUCGUCUGAUGCAGUGUCUACCCCUGUUCACCGAGCACCAUGGCAGCGCCUCAGCAAACUGAACCAGGAUCUAAAGUCCGAGCUGGAUUCCCAGCGUCGGAAGCAAGAUAAGUCCAGUCAACAAGUUGGCAGCUUGAGGCGUAGCUACAGCGAAGCAAAAGAUAUCAUAGGACACCAUGAGGCAGAGAUCGAGGCCUUGGAGGAAAAGCUAACGGCUGCCAUGGCGGAGAUUGUCGUGAGCGAGCAGGCUGUGGCACGAAUGCGUAGCGAGCUGAAAAUUGAACGGGUUCGCUGUCAAGAACGUGAGGAAGAAUGGGUCCGAAAUGAGGUGACGUUGCGGUCACAGCUGCGAGAGAGCGAGGAACGUCUACGUCAAGUUGAAGCCAGUUUGCUAGAGAAGAGCCAGGAGUUGAGGCAGCUUGAACAGCAGCAAGCUUUGCAGAAAGACCAGCACAAAGACGUGCAGAGGUUACAGGAGAGACUCUCUGAGGCCACUGGGCGUCUGAUUUCCAUUGAGGAAGCUCAGACUAUGAGAGAGGAGCGGGAGAGAAAAGAGCAGCGGAGCCUGGAGGAGAAACAUGAGCGGGAGCGACAGGGACUGACCUGGAGGUUGUCAGAAUCCGAAGAGAGGCGGCGUGAAGUAGAAGAGCAACUGCAAGAGGCACAAGAACAAGUGGAGGCGCUGCUGAGAGGGAGUGGUGGGAUGCAAACUAUGGGACUCAGGGAUGAAGUACAUCGUCUUCAGCAGGAGUUGGAGGUGCAGACGGAUAUGGUGGAAAUGUUGCGGGAGAGUGUGAUGAGGCUGGAGGAGGAACGUGACCAGCUUACUUGCCGCUGUCAAGAACUCCUCAAUCAGAUUUCCGAGGCCGACCGAGAGGUUGGAAAGCAACAGGCAUGUUUAACGACGGUGGAAACAGACUAUCACUUCCUUGAGAGCUCGUACGAGCGUGUCUCGGAAGAAUUUGCUAGGAUAAGUCAAGUGCUACAAGAGAAGGAAGAGGAGGUAAAGCAGACAAAGCAAAUGUAUGAGCAGCUAAUCAGACAGAAGGAGCAGGACUUGAGCGAGGCCCUAAUAAAGAUGGCUGCCUUAGGCAGUAGUCUAGAAGAAACAGAAGUUUGCUUGCAGCAAAAAGAGGAACUUCUUUCUAAAAUGGAGCAUGACUAUCCAGGACUGGUAGAGUCCCGAAGAGCAGAACAGGAGCUACAGGCAAAACUGGUGGUUGCAGAGGAUCGAAUAGCUGAGCUGGAGGAACACCUCAAUGCCCUGCGACUUGGAUACGCAGAUCUCCGAAUUCGACGUUGCCGCUCCCAGGAAGACAUGCUUGAGGGUUUGAAAGAGAUGCAACAUGAUGUUUCCUCAUCCUCAAGUCUCUAUCAACUUCCUAUUGCAAGAAGUAGCUCAGAGACCGAAAUGUCCUUGGUAAAGCGGCAGAGGAUUCGCUUUUCCACCAUCCAGUGCCAUUCCUAUCAGCGUUCCCAGGGAGCAGACAAAUUUCAAAUGGAAAACACGUCUUUGGAUCUGACACAAGAUCUGAGCCUAGACCACAUGCAUGACCUGAGCCUGACCCAAGAUAUCAGUGUAGCCAGUGAUGGUUCAUUCCAGCAGUGCAGAGAUCCAGAGAAGUUCAUCUCCAUUAUACAUGCUCUGGAAACCAAACUAUUGGCCACAGAGGAGAAGCUCAGACACCUCACUGAAAAGAUACGGGAACAGCCUGAUCUUUCAGCGAUGCAGGAACAUCUGAGCACCAGAGCAACCAUGGAGGACUGCACGACUAAAACCUGUGAUGAAUUACCAAUGGAUGAAUCCAGUCAGAAAUCCCUCAAGACUUUUGGUGAGCAAGACACUGAUGAAAAUGAGAAGGCAUUGGCACUGGUAGAGUCUUGCACAGAAAAAGUCAGAGAAAUUCUUAGCAAUCAGAAAGAGACCAGUUCUACUGAAUCUCUCAUUUGUACCCUUGCAGAAGUAGAGAAACUGCUGGUUUGUGCCACCACGUACCUGAGGAAGGGCAGCACAUUCUAUGAGUCGUGCCAGAGCUUUGAUGCAGCAGAUGUGCAAUCAAGGAAGGAAAGUAUAAAACAGUUUGCCAGAACAUUAUCCUUUGAGGCUGAAGUUCUGGAGAGGAUGGGGUUCUCUCUGCAGGACCUGAACUCUGAUAUUAUGUCGGCCCUAAACUCCAUUCACAAGGAUGCUGAAAACAUCAAGAAGGACUGCGAUGGCUGUCUCUCAAUUGUUUAUGCUGAUAUACUUACGAGAAAACUUAUGCUGGAGACCAUGUUCUUGGCAGAGGUGGACAAGCUUGAGAUGGGUAAACUAGCAAAUAGUGCUUUUUCACAGGAUGUCAUCAAGAAUGCCUGCAUUAGUGCCGAGCUUGCCUAUUCACUUCAGAAUCUUACAAUGAAUUUUCAGGAAAAAUUUGAUGAGCUUCAAAAGGACUUGGUCCAAGCAAAUGAAACUUUAAAACAAAGAGACAUGGCUCUGAAAGAUGCUGUUAGUGCGUCAAAGCAUGCUCAAAUUGAGAGUAUGCCCCAAAGCAGUACUGAUCAUCUUGCUGAUGUCUCUCCUCCUGAACUUGCUCCCUACAUGGAGCAGAUUGAGAUGGAGGAAGCUCAAAGUUUAGCAGCAGAGAUUGUCCGCAGACACUUAGCCAUCGGCACACUAUCCCAUAGCGCAGAAUCAGAAUCACAUCUGCAAACAGGCUGGGAAAAUCUCAUUGCUGAGCUCAAGAAGCAAGCAAAAGCCCUUCGUAAUCUCUCUCAGGAAAUUGAGAGGGUCUGCGAGGAAGGGGAAACAAAUUCACUUUCCGGACUUGCGAAUGCCAUCCAAAUGAGCUCAUGGCGCAGCGACUCCAGCUCGGUUUGCAUGCGAGAGGCCUUGAUGCAGGUGCAGGUCACAUAUGUUGCUUGCAGGUUGCGAGCAGGUCACACUAGGGAACUUUCUCUUUGCCAGGAGACUAGCCGCAACAUGGCAGUGCUCGUCCAAGAACACGCUGAGAGUGUUGCAGCCAUCCAAAGGCACUACCAGAGCUGCGUAGAGAAAGAGCAUCUGAGCUUCACUGACACUAUAAGUUCCUUGCAGGAGGAGAAUGACAUGCUUCGAGGGGAACUAUCCUAUAAGCUCAGGGAGCUGCAGGAGCAACGGCAGAACUUAAACCAGUUGGAAGAGGAGUUUCAUAAGGAGAAAGAGGAGCUGAAGAGCAGGCAUGCAGAAGAGAUGGGAAGGGCCAAGCAGGACCAGAUAACCAGAGAGCUCGACUUAAUGGAGCGUGCCUCAAACAACCAACACAGGCUGGAGACCCUGCUGCUAGAAAUGGAAGAUGCUGAUCUGAGGCACAAAGAGCACAUCCGAAAACUUGAGCAGGAUUUUCAGAGUAAGGUCCAGGAACUAGAACACACCAACAGAGAGGAGCUCCACAAGCUACACGAAUGCUACAGCCAGACCAUCUGCUCAUUGGAGGAGAGGAACGAGAAAGUGGAGAACAAAGCUGAGGUUGACGUAUGUCCCAUGGAGGAAGGGGAUGGAUCUGAUCAGGUAACAUGCAGGGAUUCAGAGUCCUUGCUCCGAGUCCGGGAGCUGGAAAUGCAGUUGAGCCGCAUGAGAGAGGAGCUGGAACAGAAACCACUGGAUGGAGAUCUGACCAGCCUGAGGGAGAAGUACCAACGAGACUUGGACAGCCUCAAGGCAACAUGCGAGCGUGGAUUUGUUGCAAUGGAGGAGACGCAUCAGAAGGUGAUAGAGGACAUUCAGAGACAGCAUCAGCGGGAGAUCCGGAAACUUCUAGAGGAGAAAGAAAGACUGUUGGAUGAGGAAACAAAUGCCACUAUUGCUGCGAUUGAGGCCAUGAAAAAUGCUCAUCGCGAAGAACUGGAGAAAACGCAACGGUCGCAGAUGAGCAGUGGGAGCGCAGACAUCCAGGAGCUGCGCAGACAGUACGAAGAGGAGUUGCAGUCUAUCCAUCGCGAACUGGAGGUUUUGUCUGAGCAAUAUUCUCAGAAGUGUUUGGAAAACGCACAUUUGGCUCAAGCGCUGGAAGCAGAGAGACAGGCGCUGGGGCAGUGCCAGCGAGAGAACCAGAAACUGCAUAUACACAACCAGGAACUAAAUCAUCGUCUGAAUGAGGAGAUCACCAGAAUGCACUCCUGCAUCAGUGGAGACAAAUUGACUUCCUCUCUGACUCAAGGCAAAGACAUCUAUGAACUGGAGGUUUUGCUGCGAGUGAAGGAGUCAGAGAUCCAGUACCUCAAACAGGAAAUAAACUCUCUCAAAGACGAGCUGCACACCGCACUUCGAGAUAAGAAGUAUGCCUCAGAUAAGUACAAGGACAUUUACACGGAGCUGAGUAUCGUGAAGGCUAAAGCUGACUGUGACAUUAACAAGCUGAGGGAGAAACUUUUGGCUGCUACCGAAGCUCUUGGGGAAUUAGACGCUGAAGGAAGUGGCGUUACUGCUGGAUACGACAUUAUGAAGUCAAAGAGUAACCCAGAUUUCCUGAAGAAAGAAAAAUCCAGACAGAUGCGUGGGGUCAGGUCAAAGAGAGUGAGGGGUUUGUCGGGGGUAGCUGACCGCUGUGACCCCAUCAGGUGCAACAGAGUUUGAAGGAGGGAUUGACCGUACAGGAGAGGAUGAAGCUCUUCGAAACUAAAGACUCCAGAAAGAUAUAACACCUUCUUUCUUUCCCUCUCUUGUUCCUCUUUGUAUUCUCCCUCUCCUUUUGUCUUCAUUGAGAUCUUCUUGGUUGGUAGAUGAAGCAGGGUGAAGAACUGUAUCUUUCUGAUUGUGUUGUAAUAUUGUUCGUGUGAAUUAAGGGAAUUGCGUUUCAAUAUUGACACAUCGUUUUGCCAACCUUCAGCUCUGAUGAACCUCAUAUUUUGUACCCUUUUUUUGGUCUCUAUAAGUCCUGAAGCUGUUCUUCAUCAUCACAGUAUAUAUGAACACACUCAGUAUUGAACUAGAACACUAGACGUGUGUGUCUUCCUCAUCUGAACAUCUUCUGAAUGGAGAACUGGCUGCUGUCGUGACAUUUUUAUGAAUAUUCUGAGAGAAGAAGAAUUAUUGACACAGAGAGAGAUGUUAUUUUGCCAAUGAUAUUGUAAAUAAGUUGUGCGCGUGUACGUGAUGACUCUUUUUCAGACUUUCUAGUACUGUAACCUUGAGACAAAAUGACGUGGUAACGUGAGUGCGAGUGUUUUGUAGAGUGUUUUUGAUCGUCCGAGAGAUUAUGUGCUUCAGUCAUUUACUUGAGGAGAAUCUAAUUGCUGUUUUAAUUGCUUUUGUGUUGCUUUUGGUUUAUAUGAACGUGCAAAAUAUAGAGCAACCAAACGUGAUAUCUGCUGUGGGUGUUGCGGCGUAAAGCGCUCGUUCGGCUACUGAUAGUGAGCUUAAUUCAUCCUGUAAUUCGAUCCGAACACGGGACAUUUUUCAUGGUUUCGUUGUGUUGUUUCAGAUGUUUAAUACUGGCUUUUGCAUGAAUAUGAAGCACUUUGAGUCGUUGAUUUUUUUUGUGUUCUUGGUUUUGAAACAUGUAAUUCCAUAUUCCUUCUGCUCUAGAAGUCAGAAAGUAUUGAACACACGACAAAGAAAACUCACUGUAUAAUAUUCAAUAUUUGCUUUGUAAAUAUUUGGUUUUAGAGAAGAUUUCUUUAUCCUGUUCUCAGUCUGCAUAGAGAAAAAAAACUUUAUAUCUAUCUAUACACGGUAUGUCUACACCUAAUUGCAUAUCUGUAUGAAUAUUUUUAUUUUGGUGUGUGUGAAUGUGAUGCAUCUGUAAUAAAAUGUUUUUGAAUCAGAAAUACACUGUUAAA